GAGAACAAUUGGUGAGACCUGCUUGGGUCCACGGUGAGACGGUCACAGAGUGGGGAAGCUGGGACCGAGCGGGGCCUGCUCACAAGUUCCCGCCAUACCUGCCAAUAUCUUUGGAACAAACAAAAACGAGUUAAUGUCCUGUUUGGGUGAAAUCACACCAAUGACAGUCAUGGUGGGAGAGCUGCCAGCUUCUCCCCGCAAAGCACAAUUGCCAAGGAGUUAAUUUUGUCCCCACCUGCCCUUGUCCCCCUGUUCUACUUCCAUUCAUUCUGCACCACUCUGUCCCGGCAUCAGCUGAUUCUGCACCUCUCCUGCCUCCUCAACGCCGCAGAAAUCGGCUCUGGCUCUGCAGCCCCAGCAAUUCUCCACCUUUGCUCCCCCUGCAGCCGUGGAGGCCCUCCCCUCCACCUAGGAGGGGGCAGCUCAGCAGGGGCCUGUUCCUACCUCCCUCCCCAGCUUGAAAUGACUGGGUGCAGAGGGAGGGCGGAGCAGAGCCUCCCUGAGCUGUGCAGGCUGCUCCCUCUUCCCCAUCCCUGACCCAGGAUCUCCUGGCAGGGCAGAGAUAGACCUGCUGUGGGCAGCAGAUUGGCCCCCCUGGCUCCCUGAAUCUGUGAUACUGACAUCCUUGGUCUGGGUGCCAGCUGUUUUAACAGGCGACGCAGAGACAGAGCGGGGCUGGGGAGCAGUAGCAGGCGUGGAGAUGGCACAUGAGCUCACUGAGGCAGGGACUGUCCAGUGGGGCCCUGAUCCCUUUCUGGCACACAGCAGAAAUUGCUUAUCACACUCAUGGAUUUGGUUUGUCACCCCUAGCUCCUGGCUGAGGGGGACUUGGUGCCAGGCCUGGUGGGCAGCAGGAGAGCUUGUCUGUUGCCAGGGUGCAUUCACCGCUGGUGGUGCCGCCUCCUGGCCAUCCUGGGGAUUAGCUGUGCCAGGCACUGUGCCCUCCACUGGCGGUGUCUUCACCCUUCCUGUCUCACCCUGCAGCCCCUCUCGCUCCAGGAACUGCAGUCACCUAUUCCAGACUCAGCCCUCUGGCCAGGUCACUACGUGGUUCCCCUUCUGAGGGUUACCCACAACCAUUCCCAGGCAGUCCUCUGGCCCUGUCCUGAUGGUGCCACUUCCCUAGCAACCAGUAGGGAAACCAGGGCCACUCACUACUCCAGCUUCCAGUCCAGGGACCCUGUACCUAGUAACUGGUCUGCUGUCCCUCAGCCCUUGUUCUCCUUCCUACAGCUUCUGGUCCCUCUCUUCUCUGGGUGAACCACCUCUAACCUCAGAGGGAGUAACUGUUGGUGCCUCUCCCUGGGAGUGAAUGCAGCCUGCAGCCCCCUUCUGCUGCCAGCUUCCUGGCUUUAUAAAUGCAGUCCAGCUCCUCCCUCCGCUGGGCUUCAUCAGUGCUGCCCUGCUGGAGGCUCUGUCUUUUAGCUGCAGGAGCCAGGUCCAGAACUGGUGGAUUCUCCAUCUUCCCCAGCACUGUGUGUCCCUGGGCAUGUCCUGAGAAACUGGGCUCCCGGCUCCCAGCUCCAGAUGCGUGGGCCUGGCCCGGACUCCCAGAGCCCUGCUGCAGAGACCCCAGGCAGAGCCCCCUGCGCUGCCUCACCCAGAACAAGUGGGUAACAGCAGCUGUAGCUCCAUGGCUUCCUGUGAAUGGACACCAGGACGGGGCAGCCAGGCGGAGAGGCUGAGGAGCCACUGAGGUCUUAGGAAUGAACUCCUGAAUUAAGUGUUCUUUGUGAGCAGACUUGCUACCUACGUGGAAAUCAACAAGCAGUGGCAGCCGGCGGCCUCCCGCCCCUAGAACCCUGCCUCUGGUGCCUUCUUGGUAGUCCCAAGGCCGCUCUGCCAGCCUACCCCAGCCACAAGUGCAGCUUUGAACUCUGCUCUUACGGACAGGACUCUGCCUCUCCCCCAGCUCGGAAGGCCUGCAGCACCUGGCUCAGCUGCUGUUAACGAGCACGUCUCCUCUUGUUGAGGGGAAGGAGAGGGUAUGGGGCAGGGUGAAACCGCUUGCUUCGCCAGCUGCCUUUGACCCUAGGUGUUUCCCUCUCCGAACCUGCUCCUUUUCGCUAGGCAUGUUGCCGGUAAAGAAAAGCAAGCUGCGGAAGCGGAGGACAGUCGGCGGCUCGGCUAUGCUGAGCCCUGGCGUCUGUGCCACUUUGCCCAGGGCCAUAGGAGAGCGUGCUGCGGGUACUUUCCCCUUCGCUGUAGCUGCUGAUGCCCACCUCCGCCAUCUGCCUCCGGGCUCCGACCAUGAGCGCGUCCCCGAGAUCGAGAUCAAGCUGGAGUUUAGUGACGAGGAGGAGGAGGGCCAUGAGGGUGGCACGCUGGGAUUCAUGGCGGCCCGUGGGGAAGAGAGCCAUGAGAGGAAGAAGGCAGAGCUGGCCCCCCGAAGUGCGGGCAGCCAGCCUCGUGUCACGGCCAGCUGGCAACACCCUUCCUCCAUGCUGGGUGUAGACAAGGCUCUCCUGGAGGGAUGGGCAGCGAAGCGCCCCGCACCGCCGGCCUUUGGCCUCCCUGUCCACACCCGGCGCCGCAAGACCACCUCUGAGGUGUGGCAGUUCUUCUCCCCAGAUGCUAGCGACCCCUGCCGGGCUGUCUGCACCCUGUGCCAGGCCAGCGUCGGGCGUGGCAAGCUGAGGGGCCACUGCAACACCACCGCCCUCAAGCGCCAUCUGGCGGGCAAGCACCCGCUGGAGUGGGGGCAGAGGAAGAGAGCAGGGGGCAGGGCCCAGGAGGAGGAGGAGGAAGAGCAGGUGGAGAAGGAGUUUCCCUUGCAGGACACUGUGUUUGGCACCAGCCAUGCUCUGUGCUCCCCCGCCCAAACCUUCAGCAGGGUGCCCCCCCAAGUGCCCCAGGGUGCCCCCCGCUUCCUGUAUGUGAUCAGCGACUCCAGUGAGGAGGAGGAGGAGGAGGGGCGGGGAAGGACAGGCACCCCAGUCACCGAUUCCUCCAGAGAGUCCAGCGAGGAGGAAAGCAGUGAGAGCAGCAGGAUGCUCCCCCAGGGCCAGGGGAGGGGCAUGAAGGGCUGUGCCCAAGCAGGGCACCCCAAGCCGGACCUGGCCACACCCUACCUGGAGAUGCUAGUGGGCCAGGAGCUCCCCAAGUCCAGGCAGCUCAGCCUCCCUAACCACCCGCUGGUGCCACCAGGCACGAAGCGUCGCAAGUCCACCUCAGCCGUCUGGCAGUUCUUCUACAUCGACUGCAGCAACGUGUGCCGGGCCGUCUGCACCCUGUGCCAGGCCAGUGUCAGCCGUGGCAAACUGGGCAGCCACUUUGGCACCUCGGCCCUCAUGCGCCACCUGGAGGGCAAGCACCCGCUGGAGUGGGGGCGGGGGCGGGCUCUUGGCGCACCUGCCACCCCUCUCAGCAGCACCCGGUCCGAGAGGCUGAGCCUGGGGCCGGCGGAGGAUGAGGAGCCUGAGGAGGACCUGUCUCUCAUGUCGCCUGCCACAUCGGACCCCCUGAGAUCACCCUGCGCCAGACCUGGUGGGGCCCCAGCUCCUGUGUGUAACAGCUGGCAGAGUGAGGCACCUCCUGAAGGCAAGGUGGAGAAAGCCCUGCCAGCCCCAGCGACCCUGCUGCCCCCCAGCAAGAACCAAGCUGGCCUGGCCGAGCAGGAUGGGGACGUGCCUGGCAAAUACACCCCCAACCACCCCCAGGCGCAGGCAUGGAACCGCAGCAUUGCCGAGCUGCUGUGCAGCAUGGCCCUGCCCUGCUCCUUCGUCUCAGCCAAGCCCUUCCACCGAUUCAUGGCGCAGGCUGACCCACGCUACCAUGUCCCCUCGCCGGCCUUCUUCUCCCGCAAGGCAGUGCCCCAGCUGUGCCAGGCUGUCGGCCUGGGCCUGGCCCUGGAGCUGCAGCAGGCCAGCGUCAGCCGGGUGCAUCUCAGCGCCCACGUGUGGGCCCAGGGGCUGGCAGGGGAGUACCUGGCGCUGGCAGCGCACUGGCUGGCGCCCCGCUCGGACUCAGGCCAGCGCCAGCCACGCAGCCAGCGCAGGCAGGCGGUGCUGUGUGUGCAGGCGCUGCAGGAGGAGCCGGCGCUGGGUGGCGUGCAGCAGGUGUUGGCCGAGCAGCUCCAGCUGUGGCUGGCCCAGAACUCCCUGAGCCCCGGCUUCCUGGUCUCGGGCGGCAGCCCUGGCAUGGAGCGGGCCACGAAGGACGGCGGCUACACCCAUAUCCCCUGCUUCGCUCACUGCCUGAGCCAGCUGGUGCUAGGCUUCCUGCGCCUCCACCGCAGCAUCGAGGGCACACUGGGGGUGGCCCGUGCCAUCUGUGCCCACUUUGCCCGCUCGCCGGAGGCCAGGAGGGGGCUGACGGAGCUGCAGCGGCAGCACGGCUUGGCCCCGCGCCGGCUGAAGCAGGAGGCCACGGCGAGCUGGGACUCCACCUACUACAUGCUGGAGCGGCUGCUGGCGCUGCAGCCGGCUGUGCAGGAGUACGUGGGCAAGCGCCGGAUGGGCGAGGCUGGCCUGGCCCUGAGCACCACCCAGUGGACGCUGAUGCGCAGCCUGGUGGAGCUGCUGCAGCCCUUCGAGAUGGCUGUGCGGGAGGCGAGCGCAGCCGAGGCCUCACUGAGCCAGGUGCUGCCACAGGUGCGCUACCUGCACAUCUUCCUCCAGCAGAUCCGCCGGCGCUUCGAGAGCCAGGCCGGGGAGGAGGCUGGCUCCGCCGUGCGCCUGGCCGAGAGCCUGGCCCUGCAGCUCUCCACGGAGCCCCGGCUCAGCGAGAUGUUCCACCGCCAAGAGUACGUGCUGGCCACGCUGCUCGACCCCCGCUUCAAGGGAAGGAUGGAAGCCAUCCUGCCGCUGGGCUCCGACCUUGACCACUGGAAGCAGCUGCUGGUCCGGAAGGUGAAGGAGCUCCUGGCCUCACCCACCGGCUGCCCUUCCUCGCCCUGGAACGCCCAGCCCGGCAAGGCUUUUGUGGACGCGGCCCCGCAGCCCCGGGAGGCAGAGCCAAGAGAGCCGCCUCAGGACAGGGGGCCAAGUGGGAAGAGCUCUGCGGUGCCUCCACUGAUCCAGAAGGAGAAGACCCUGACCGAGCACCUGGAGAGCGUGGGGCUGCUGGCCUCUGAAGGCCGCGGGGCCUCCCUCCCCACUGAGAGCCACUCGGCCUGUGUGAUGGUGGAGAGGUACCUGCAGGACAACCGGACCAUUGGGGCCCGGGAGGACCCGCUGGGGUACUGGGAGAAGCGGCACUGGCUCUGGCCGGCCCUGGCCAAACUGGCCAUGCUCUACCUGUCCUGCCCACCCUCGGGGGCCUUCUCGGAGCGCAUCUUCACUGCCCCAGACAGCCCCUUCUCCGAGAGGCGCCCCCCGCAGGGGGAGAGCACAGAGCGCCUUGUCUUUCUGAGAGCCAACCUGGGGAACUUCCCCGACUACCCUCCGCCGCCCCUCAUCUGCUCGGAGAACGACAGCACAGGCAGCAGCAGCAGGGAGGAGGGGACCCGGCCCGCUUAGAGACCAUCUCCAAGAUACAGGCAGUGGGGCACCCGCCCGUCUCCGGGGGUCUGGUGCGUUGCUGGCGUGGCUGCUCGGGCCGCGAGCUCCAGGGAGCCCUGUGGGGCAGAGGCGCGUGGAAGGGGCAAAGCGCUUU